AUGGACAAACGGUUCUGUCCACCUACGGAUGGUUUCCGACCGAAUUCGGCCAGUCGUGAUGUGUGCAAACGAGAGAAACGAUACAAAGCGCAAUUUGCUGCUCCAAGCACCUCCGAUUUGCCGGAAAAAUUGCAAUACCUGGAUGACCUCGUCAGACAACAUUUUGAUGAUACUCACGCUGCCUCUGCUGCUGAAGCUGAUGGUCAUACACACAGCCUCAAUCGGACAGAAUUAGAAAACCGAGAUACGCCGCAGGAUCGUGCCCAAUCUGUCCGCUCACAACUACAUCGCGCAUUUGAUGACAAUGUGCUCGAGGGUAUCUCGCAUGCGCUGGAGGAGCAUCGGAACUAUGCCAUGCUCGGGUAUCAUCAUGGCUCGGUUAGUGAAUACAUGGCCAGUUUGAAAGCGAGUAUUUAUGGGAAGAAAAGUCGAGCUUCGAAUACUGUGCGAUCCACUUAUAUCCCCAUUUUUUCAACGUCCUUAAUGGCUGAGGUGAAAUCAGCUGAACGGAAGUUUACACGGUCGACAAAAGUUACCAAAAACAUAGAACAACAAUAG